GGCAGAAAAGCAAAGGAGCAGAGCGAGUGCAGAGGCUGCAUUCCAUCUAGAGAUUCUUAAGAUUAGGAGGACUGGUAUCUAAAGUGGGUCAUCAAGAAAACAAACAUGAGAACGCCUGCAAAUCUUUUUCAGUUUUCUUAUGAAAAUGUGGCAAAUGUUUCUAAAGAAAAAAGACUUCUUCACGUGACACUUUCUCACUGUUUUGGAGCAUGAUUGUCUGAGCUAUUACAGGUGUAUUGUAUUACACUCUUUGGACACUUGUUCUUAGAAGAUACUCCCCACUGUGCAAAAAAAGAUCCCACUGAAGUACAUUUUCAUGAUUGCAGACGAUGAGUAACUAGAGAUGCAGGUGACCAUGCAGGAAUGCUGAGACAACUCAAAAUGGUUUCCAGGACACCCCAGGUUCCUUUCUUGAUAAGCACUCUGAGUCUCUGUGCAGUCCUUGUACCCUUCGCUGCAGCUAAACCCCACAACAGCACCCUCAUCUACCACAACAACAACAACAGCAUCCGCAACUGCAGCUGCGCCUCCAGGGUCGAGGACUGCAACAAAGCCCAGGCCAACAUGCUGUGCAGCUGCAGGACCGUCCCUCUGUCCAGCAUCGCAGGCAGCACAGGGUUUACCUAUCAGGGGGGGCUGACAGUUUGGCUGAAAGACCCAUGGAUACUCAGACUGCUGGUUAACUACAGUUCUGUGCCUGAUCUCAGGCUUGCCGCAUGUGGGGUCAAUCCCCUCCUCCCAGAGUACCUGACCGUGUUUGGUUUAAAGAGGUUGAAGAUAUACAAUAGCGCCAAGGGGGUGGAGUUCCCAGAGCAAGGCCUCAGCAUAGAAGGUUUGGAGAAAGCUAGAGGCAAACAAAGACCAUUGCCUAAAGAGACCCCACACAUAUCCUUCAUGGUUUCUUUUCUGGACCUAGCCCUACUUAACGGUGGCUCUUCUCUGAAAGCCUACAGUGUGAAAAAUCUCCCCAGCAUUGGGGGAUAUUUCCCAAACCUCCUCUUCCCCAGCCCCUUUGAGCCAGCUGACAGCCAACAUUGCCUAGUCACCUUCAUCUACUAACAUUAAACUAAUAAUUAUUAGAAUAAAAAAAUGGUUUAUGGAUCACAAGCUGAUUUUUUAGAAAGGCUAUCAAUAACCAGAUGAUAUGUGUCCAUUAACAUAAAUGAUGUGCGUUUUCUGUAAAGCAGGUAUGAAGAAUAUUCUAUAUUUCACCCUAAUGACUAAAUGAUGGUUCAAAUUAAUAUUCAGUGUUUAGAGAAGGGAAUUGCUAAUAUUUAAAAAAUCACUAUAAAUGUACUAAAAAUAACAAACAUUAAAAAAAAACCUGUUAAACCAACCUGCAUGUAUACAUGCUGUACAAUACUGUAUAGUAAUAAUGUAAUGGAGCUAAUUUAAUUAAUCCAGCUGUUGUAGAGCUAGCUGAGCAGUGGCAUUCACAAGCAAUAGGAUUCUCAUCACAGCUUUUCACCAGAUCCCAAAAAAACAUAAAGAUUGUUAUGGCAAUACAUUUUAGUGUUUACCUCAGUGAUAUUAACAGUUGUAAGUAGACUGUAACAACAAACCUCAUGCCUGGCACAUCUAUCAGUGAAGGUUCGAGUAGACACAGUGAUCUUACUUUGCUCAUAAUAGCUUUCAGUUGCCGAUAUGUGUUUACUG